GAGUCUCAUGUUAAGGUCAAAGGCUGAGCUCAAAGGCUCGGAGCCUCAGUGGGAGACCCUGCUGUCUUGACAGUUUCUAGUUAUUGUUCUGAGAGUUCUCCAGUCUUCGUCUUCAUCUGCAAGUGGAUUCCCAUUGUUUCCAUUUUUUUUUGUAAAGAGCAUGCAUCUGGAUCGGUUUAAAUGGUUCAGAUAAUCAACAAGGUCAAACUCAAAACAAGGACGACAGUAAAGGUGUGUUUGAGGCGAGAGGCAUGGCAGGGGUAGCUGGUGGUAUGGGUGGCUCUGGUGGGACAAUCACGACCAUCCGCCUACGGGAUAUUUAUGAUCCCAAAACUCAGCAUCCCAAAACUCCCAUCCGGAUUCGUCCUCCACCUCCACAACAUCCAUCGACUUUGGAGUCAAAACCAGGCUUUUCCCGCGACACGACGGCCAAAACCAGCAUGAGGCGGCGAGCCCAGUCCCUGCCCGGUGGCUCCGUCAGGAGGACCGAGCUGCGAGGAGCACGUGUGCGCUUCAUUGAUGCUCUGGGUCUGGAUUUGGAGGAAAUCAAGGUCUUCAGGGUUCAGGAGCACCCGCUGGUGCCAGAGCAUGUGAUUUUCAGGCUGCUGAUGAACUCUGAAAGGGCUUUUGGAAAACUACCUGAGCUGAAUCUGCCCUAUUUCAAAGCGUGCUUCCCUGAGAACAUGGCCGCCCAGCCAGAAUUCCUACCAAACCUGGUUUCUCGGAAGGUUUGUCUGGAGCAGCUGACAUGUUCGGACCACGGAAUAACUGGCACCAUCCGGGUUCUCAACCUGGCAUAUGAGAAGGAGGUCAAAGUUCUUUACUCCUUCACCAACUGGAGAACGCGCACAGACACAACAGCAUGCUGGGUAAUGAGGGGCCACGAGGGGGACUCCUCCAUCAGCGCUCUGGACACAGACUUGUUCAGGUUCCAUCUACCUGUUCCGCCUUUCAUCCUGCAGCCGGGAGCCGUCCUGGAAUUCGCCGUCAGGUAUCACGUCACAGGACACGAUUACUGGGACAACAACAAUGGCAGCAACUACAAACUGUCGUGCCACAGCUACAAAGUGACUGUGCCAAAAGAGUGCGAGGACAGCUUGCUGCACUUCACUUAAAGAGCCACACGGGGGCGAUGAAGAACACGUUUCAGAAAAUCUCACAACUCUUUCAGCUGCUUCUCACCUGAAAUGUUACUCUUGAAAUGCUAUAAAUGUACAUCAACAUAAAUAUAAGAUUUUGUAAGAAAAAAAUAAUGUUAAAAAAGUCAAUCUGAUCCUAAUAUAGUAUAUAUUUUAUAUCAUAUGGAGGCCUAAAAAUGACAAAAAAAAGUGUAAUGAAAUACAUAAAGGUCAAAAGUGACAUUAAAUAGACAUAAAUGUGACAAAAAUAUUGUCCAUCAAUGUAAACUUUGUUCAGGUAAAAAAAAGAAAUAAAUGAGCAUGUUUUUUA